CCCGGAGCAUUCGGCCCUCCAGGUCUCCCAGGAAAGCCAGGGGAUCCUGGCCCUCCUGGAGCUCCAGGACAUCCAGGACCACCUGGCAGUCAAGGUGACAUGGGAGCUGAAGGGCCGAGAGGGUUCCCUGGCCCACCAGGUCUAAAAGGGUCAAGUGGUAUCGCUGGUGAAGCUGGUCCUCGCGGUCCGCCUGGAAUUCCCGGAGAACAGGGACCGCAGGGCUACCCAGGAGAGAAGGGGACUCGCGGAGAGAAAGGGGAGCAGGGCUUUAGGGGAUGGCUGGGACCAGCUGGUGAGAAAGGAGCGAAAGGAGCCAAGGGUAACCAAGGUGAGACUGGACUUCCCGGGCCUUUUGGGGUUCCUGGUAUGACGGGUCUGAGAGGAAUUCCGGGUGCCCCAGGACCCAGAGGCCCUCUGGGGGAGUUUGGAUUAAUUGGACCACCUGGACUUCCAGGGUUUAUGGGUGAGGCAGGAGUCCCUGGGCCAAAGGGUGUGGCAGGUGUGAAGGGCUCUGAGGGUGAGUUGGGGUUACCAGGAGGUAGAGGUCCCAGAGGUCCUCAGGGGCCUCAAGGUGUGAAUGGAAGAAGAGGAUUUAAAGGAACAAGAGGUCACCAGGGCCGUCCUGGAUUAGAUGGGCUUCCUGGUCCAAGGGGAAUGGCUGGCGAAGAUGGGCCACCUGGACCGAGUGGAAAGCCUGGUCAAGACGGACCAAGGGGAUUACCUGGAAUUCCUGGUGUCAGAGGCCCACAGGGUGACCCAGGCUCCAGAGCUGCAGAUGGUGCACAGGGAGACCCAGGAGAGAAAGGAGAUUGUGGUUAUCCUGGACCACCCGGAUUAAGAGGAUUCCCAGGACCCAGGGGGUCAGUGGGACUCCCUGGAAUUCCUGGUAACAAGGGUCGGGCUGGGUCCGCUGGACAUUAUGGUGAAGAUGGAGUCAUGGGCCUUCAGGGGCAACAAGGAGCUGUGGGACCCAAGGGUAACAGAGGAGCUGACGGCCCCAAAGGAAUAUAUGGAUCCAGAGGACACAGGGGACGCAUGGGUCAGCAAGGUUUAGUGGGAUUGCCUGGUUUAACAGGAUUUAAAGGCCAGCAAGGAAUACAGGGUCCUGAAGGAAAGUCUGGUACACAGGGCGAGUCUGGCUCUCCUGGUGAACCUGGGAUAAAAGGACCCCAAGGUUUUAGAGGGAUGAGAGGUGAUCGAGGAACAGAUGGAGCGACAGGACCUCCUGGCCCUCCAGGAUGCCCAGGAGCUGAUGGAAUUACCGGCCGAACAGGAGAAAGAGGUCCCACUGGUAAACCUGGACUCCCGGGACCGCAAGGACCUGUAGGCAUGUAUGGUUUUCCAGGUCCUUGGGGAGAACGAGGAAGGCCAGGAUCAAGAGGAGCGAAGGGACAACAAGGAAAAAGGGGGUUCUUGGGACCAAAGGGGAAACAAGGUCCAAAGGGUCCACAGGGCAAACCUGGUGAGAGAGGAGCGCCUGGGUCACCAGGCAGAAGAGGUGAUCCAGGCCCCAAGGGGUUUAAUGGUUUUCCUGGUCCGCCGGGAAACACUGGUACCUAUGGUGUCAUAGGCAAGCUGGGGCCCCCAGGAGAUCAAGGACCACCUGGAGCAACAGGGAUCAUUGGGCCCCCUGGAUAUAAAGGAAGAGAAGGAGCCACUGGACCUGAGGGACUCUCUGGACAGAAGGGAGAAAAGGGUGAAACUGGUCCAUUGGGAGGUGUUGGUAUAGCAGGGCUGGAUGGUGAGCAGGGUGAUCGUGGGCAACUUGGAAUACCUGGGCCUAAAGGGACCAAGGGAGAACAAGGAGAUGAAGGGAUACCAGGUCCCCCAGGAGAGAGAGGAGAACCUGGAAUCAAGGGAGAAAGGGGGCCCAGAGGUGACUCAGGAGAUCUGGGACCAAAAGGAGAGAAGGGUGACAUCGGUGCAGUUGGCUCCUCCGGAACUUUUGGGCCCACUGGGACAGCAGGACAGCCGGGCGUUCGAGGCCUGAAGGGAGAAAAGGGAGAAGGAAACCUAAUGGGUGCUGUAGGUUUGAUUGGCAUCCCAGGUCCAGUAGGAGAUCGUGGACAAGCUGGUCUGAUGGGACUGCCUGGAUCCCCUGGAGAAGAUGGUGCCAAAGGAGAAAAGGGUGAAUUAGGACCCCUUGGAAUUUCUGGACCUAUUGGUGACACAGGAGCUGAGGGAUUAGCAGGUGAGAAAGGAGAUGCAGGAGAAUGUGGCAGUCCUGGGUCUGCUGGUCCAUCAGGUUCCAUGGGAUCAAAAGGUUCCCCAGGCCCCAAAGGUGAACUCGGACUUCAGGGAGUGAAGGGUGAGAGUGGUCCCAAGGGUGAACCAGGACCCAUGGGGCCAGAUGGAGUACCUGGAGAACGAGGUCCAACAGGGAAACCAGGAACGAAGGGUCCCACUGGUGAGCGAGGACCACAGGGUGAAGCCGGACAUCCAAGCAAAAUGGGUCCAAGAGGCCAGGAAGGCUCUGAAGGCAAAAAAGGGGUCAAAGGAGAAAAGGGUGAUAAUGGGCUUGAUGGAGUUCCAGGACACCCAGGGAAUCCAGGAAGAGAGGGCCUAAGGGGCGAGAGGGGACCAGCAGGACCAUCUGGAUCAAUUGGACCUCCUGGCAUUCCCGGAGCCAGACCUAAAAAAGGGGGUCAGGGGGUGAAAGGUCAGAAGGGGAAACCAGGACUUGAAGGCUUACCGGGAAUAUUGGGCCAGAAGGGUGAGCAGGGUCGCCUUGGACUUAAGGGUCUUAAAGGAUUUACAGGAAGCCCAGGAAGAAAAGGCAUUCGAGGACCACCAGGUCCCCCCGGUCCUCCUGGUCUGCCUGGCCCUUUGCUGAAGAUACCUGGAGAGGAUUUCCAGCUGAUGAUGAACAAAACCCGUGGCUUGGAUUCCAGGAGCAUAUGGAAGGCUUUGGAAGCUUUAAAUAUGGAGAUCCGGCAUAUAGUGGCCCCACCCACUGGAACCAAGGCCAACCCUGCCACGACCUGCAAGGAACUACAACUGUGUCAGCCCCAGCUCCGUGAUGGUUUCUAUUACAUUGACCCCAAUCAGGGCUGUCCCUAUGAUGCUCUUCUGGUGUUCUGCAAUUUUACAGCUGACGGAGCUACGUGUUUGCCAACCAAGGAGAAUGAGGUACCUCCAAAAGGAUGGUUCAAAGAAUAUUCAAAGAAAAGUACAUACCAAUGGUUCAGCUCUACUGAGGGAGGAUUCUUGUUUGAAUAUCCUGGAGUGAAUAUUGUACAGCUUCGUUUGUUAAAACUUCACAGUACAUAUGCCAGCCAAAAAAUAACCUACAAGUGUAAUCCAGGCCUUAAUUCAUUCAGAAAAGACCACAGGACUAUUCAGUUCAUGGGGGACAAUCGAAAGAAAAUAUACAAUGGAUACAAAGGAUUCACAAUCAACUCUGAUGGAUGCUUGUUGAAUGACUCUGGGCCUCACACAGUUGAGUUUGAAGUCACUACCAAUGAAGUUGACCUACUCCCUCUGAGGGAUUUGGCAGUGUUUAAUAAUGGUGCAGAAACUCAGGAAUUUGGCUUUUCUAUUGGCCAAGUGUGUUUUUAUUAAUCAGUCCAGCCUCGGGGAAGCCGUUUCAGUUCAUGAAACCUGAGUCAACCAACCUUGGUGGUGCAGGAAACCCUGGCAUUGCAGGAAAAGCACUUUUUUCCAAUGGCAAUUUUGUAAAGAUUUUGGUUAUCUCUCUGAGGUCUUGAUGAAUAUUUUGGACUAACUCCCUACUGAAUGGCCAAAUGUUGUUUACAUUAACAGUGCAACUCGAAAACAUUCGCUGGCAACUUUUUCAGCCAUUGCCACCAACCCGUGUGUUGAACUGUGCUGUUUAAUGGUCAAAGAUGGAUUACGGUGUGUCCCCGUGUUCAAUUCUGCACUUAAAAUGAACUUUUCAAGACCAGUUUACAGAGCGUUGAUCUGGCAGUUUACAAAGGAGCUUAUGUAUAUUGAGCUGUUUGGAAACAGUUGAAUAAAACCAUUGCUAUUUGUCAGUACUUUACCAUUUAUACUUCACCUAAACUUUAACUUCCCAGAUGUUAAAUGUCGGGGUCUCAAAAUCAUUUCCAUGUUUCAUCCUGAACCAUCAGAGCUUUGUUCUUAAGCAGUAGCUGUGAUGCCACAGGGAAUUUCCAUGUACCUACUGAACCAUUGUCUCAAUUUUGUUGGUGGAUUUGAUACAGUUUUCCAAAGUUCAGAAUAAGACAGCCGAACUAUUUCAGUGGUGACGUAACUACUGGAAUUAAAUGAUGCAAUGAUGUUUUCUGGUACACAUUCAUAGAUAAUUCAUCCUUUUUUUCCUGUUCGGAAGGCAUUCUAUUGAAAAGUAUUUCAUGUAUACAGCACAUUGUACAGUUGAUCUGUAGUGAGCAUGAAGAAUCUUCCAAGAGAGAAUGAUCUUGUUAUUUUUGUCAUUGACUAUGUUGUAAAAGCUGAUCGAUCUGACUUGCCCAUGUUGUGGGUAUCUUCUGCAUACUCAGUGUAGCAUUAUGAACGAAAUCUCUGUUGUCAUUGCAUUUCAAGACAAAAAGAUAACCCGACUGAUGCUCAAACCCUUCUGUGGAAGAAAGACAACAUUGUGCACAAAGCCUUCGCUAGCUUUGCGAUCUUUGCACAUUGGCAAACUUGUCUUAACUAAACGAGUCUUCAUUUUAAUCUUCUUGUUCUGUUUUGAUACCUAUAUGAUUUAUGCUUUUUUUGUACAUUAGGCACAUUUAGAGCUCCCUCUGUAAUAUUGAUCAUGUACAAUAGUCCAAAGAAUUGCUGGAAUUAAAACCAGACAGGCUACGCCAGAAUACUUAGCUGACAAAGGACAGCUGUUCUGUGUUUUUCAACAAAAACCACUGUAGCUCUUGUCAUUUUCCGUACCAUGCGUCCUGGUGCUUACACAAUGAUUCUAAAUGAAAGUAAU